GUGAAUGGGAAUGUGAUUCCUCUCUCUCUAUCACACACACUUUCUUUUCUUCCUCCCCCUCUAUUGGUUGUGAUUGUGAGUGAGUGUUGUUUCUACGUCUCUGUAGAGAGGUAGAGAAUAGAAGAGAAGAGAAGAAAGAAACAAGGGGAAUCACAUUGUUCUUGUGCACGUGCUCAUGCAGGCGUAGCCUCCUUAUAAUAAAUCUUCUUUCUUUUUUACUUCUUUCCUAUUUUUGGUUUAUUUUUUUGUUUCUUCAUUUCUGUGUUCUUGUUCUGACUUAGAAAAAAACACACUCCCCUCCACCUGUUUGUAGAAAGUCUCAAAUCAAACCAAAGCACCCUUUUUUGCUUCUCUUUGGGGGAUUUUCAGAUUGGAUUGAAUUGAAUUGAAUUAAAUUGAGCUGUUCACCAAGGAAAGAAAAGAAGAAUGGGAACUAGUGUUGGGAGGUUUCUAAUGAUGUUGCAGAAUGAAGGGGCAGUUGGAAGUGGAGGAGGUGAAUCAGUGUUAGACUCAAUCAAGAUUGCAGUGUUACCAAUAGCAAAGGUGUUCACCAUGUGCUUUUUGGGGUUCCUCAUGGCUUCAAAGUAUGUUAACAUCUUACCUGCUUCUGGGAGGAAGCUCUUGAAUGGGCUUGUCUUUACACUAUUGCUACCCUGCUUGAUAUUCUCUCAAUUGGGACAAGCUGUUACCCUGGAGAAGAUGCUAGCCUGGUGGUUUAUUCCGGUCAAUGUUGUGCUGAGUAGCAUCUCAGGCUCAAUAAUUGGUUUUAUUGUCGCCUCCAUCAUCCGCCCCCCAUACCCUUUCUUCAAGUUUACAAUUGUACAUAUUGGAAUAGGGAAUAUUGGGAACGUGCCGCUUGUCCUGAUUGCUGCUUUAUGUCGAGACACAUCCAAUCCUUUUGGUGACACUGAAAAAUGUAGCACAGAUGGAACUGCCUAUAUAUCAUUUGGCCAGUGGGUUGGUGCUAUCAUCCUAUACACGUAUGUAUUUAAUAUGUUGGCUCCUCCUCCAGAAGGCACAUUUGACAUUGAUAAUGAAAGCCUUCCACUGAAGGGUGCUCCAAAUAAUGAUGGCUCACCUGAACAAAAUCAACGAACAACUCCAUUGCUUGCUCCAAAGGAGGAGGAAACCCAAAAGGAAGAGGUCAUUUUGACAGCAUCAAAUGCUUCAAGGGAAUGGAAGGUGAGAUUAACUUGAUGAAGAGAUUUAUUAUUAUUAUUAUUAUUAUUAUUAUUAUUAUUUUCUAUUCUGGCCAUGGUACUUGGUGCAGUCCCAUUUCUCAAGAAACUCAUCUUUACACCUGAUGCCCCAUUAUUCUUCUUCACUGACAGCUGCAUGAUACUUGGGGAGGCCAUGAUUCCGUGCAUUUUGUUGGCACUGGGAGGAAACCUUGUUGAUGGACCUGGAAGUUCAAAACUUGGUUUUCGGACAACUGCUGCUAUCAUUUUUGGGCGGCUGGUUUUAGUGCCUCCGGUUGGACUUGCCAUUGUAAUGACGGCUGACAGGCUUGGUUUUCUGCCACCUGAUGAUAAAAUGUUUCGGUUUGUCCUACUCAUUCAGCAUUCAAUGCCAACAUCAGUUCUUUCAGGUGCCGUUGCUAAUCUAAGAGGCUGUGGAAGGGAAGCAGCUGCAGUAUUGUUCUGGGUCCAUAUCUUUGCAGUAUUCUCAAUGGCUGCAUGGACUAUUCUAUACAUAAACAUACUCUUCUAACAUCUGAGUUUGUGAUUAUUGCUUUUGCAAAAUUCAAUUCCAAUUUAUGUUGUCCAUAGGGAGGUUAUAGAUUAGUGGAUAAAUAACAGUAUUCCAUUGAACAGAAGGAUCUUCCUCAAAAGAAAUGAAAAAAAAAAUUCUUAACCGAUGAAAGCUGGACAUAAGGUAUCUAUUCACAUGCCAUGCUUGGAUGGGGCAUUUUAUUUCA